GUGUGAACAAACACAUAGCCGACUAGUAGAGGUUAUUUAAUUGUUUUUUAAGUUUUUUAUAGAGAUGUUAAUAUCACCACCAGACACGUUCCAGGAGUUCAGGGGGCGGAGCACAUCGAUCCCAGGGCAACCCGUCUGAAGAUCUUCUUCCUGGUCCUGAGUAAGUUUCACUUUCCGUUCUCCCUGCUGAGAAGUCGGCGCUGGCCACUGUGAGAAGGUGGUCUCGUGUCUGGCUGUGAGCUGUCCUCCAAUCGGACCCAGAAACGAGCCUUCUCCCCUUCUUACUGCGACAACACGACCAGAUCAGGUGUAAUUAUGGCCUCUGAAGUGACACCGGGAGUCGACGUGAAAGAGGCGGAAGACCUGGCCCUCUCCCUGAGUGGAAGCCCUUCAACAGUGGGGACGAACAGGAAGCGGGUCCAGCUUUGCCAGAGGACUGGUCCCAAACUCUCCGUCCCAGUAGUCCGUUCAGCGUCACCAGUAAGGCCCUACCUUCAGGACUCCAUAAGGUUGCGGGUUGGAGUGGAGGAUGCUCAGUCAGAUGUCGAGAUCCCAGUGAUUGUCGUGGUUUCUUCCGGCAUGACAAUUGCACAACUUAAAGACAAGGUAAACCUUGAUUUUGGGUCCCCCUCGCUGCAGCGCUGGGUGAUCGGGAAGCGGCUGGCUGGCGACCACGAGACGCUGUACAGCCACGGCGUCCAGCGCGACGGAGACCAGGCGUUCCUGUUCAUCCCCUCCGCAAACACGGCUCAUCUCACACUGCAGCAAUACAAGCAGGACGAGCAGCAACAACGCCUCGAUGGUAUCAUAGAGUCCAUGCAGUUUGUGCCCAGAGGGCUGGCCGAGGUGGGUGAUGGUGGUGGUCAGAAGACAGCUGCUCCUCCUGAUACUCAACACAUUCCUCCCCCUCCUCCUCCUAAACCCGCGGCGCUGCUUAAACCUCAGUUGGGCUGGCCCUGCGCCGUUUGUACGUUCGUGAACAAACCGACGCGCCCCGGCUGUGAGAUGUGCGGAGGAGAUUCGGCCGGAGGGUUAUCGGUGCCUGACAUCUACCAGCCGGACCAGCAGGAGGUUCAUCGACUCCAGCAGGAAACCCUGGCCACGUUGCAAUACGAACAGGCUCAGCAGGAGGAACGAAAGACGAACUUCCUGCAUUUGUUGGCCACCGAAGAGCAGAGUCUUAUCUCCAACGCCACGGCGACCGACUGUCCUAUCUGCUUCUCUCCCCUAUUGGCACAGCAGGGCGUCGUGCUCAGAGAGUGUCUGCACAUCUUCUGCAGGGACUGUCUCAAAUCGACAAUAGUGAACAGUCAAGAUGCUGAGGUGUCCUGUCCGGAGGCUUGUGACAGCAAGCUGCUGGACCGAGAGAUCAAUGCGCUGCUCACGGACGAGGAGCACCAGCGCUUCCUGGAGUUGCGUCUGAGCAUCGCAGAAAGCCGCUCGGAGCACAGCUUCCACUGUCAGACUCCCAACUGUCGAGGGUGGUGUAUCUACGAGGACGAAGUCAACGAGUUCCACUGUGAACUCUGCGAUGAAACCAACUGCAUUCUCUGCAGGGCCAUCCACGAUGGCAUGAACUGCAAGGACUACCAGGAUGACCUGCGCACCCGAGCAGAGAACGACCAGGCGGCGCAGCAAACGAAGCAGAUGCUCGAGGGCCUGCUUCAAAACGGGGAGGCCAUGAAAUGUCCACGGUGUGACAUCGUCAUCCAGAAAAAGGAUGGCUGUGACUGGAUCUGCUGUUUGAUGUGCAAGACAGAAAUCUGCUGGGUCACCAAACAAGCUCGCUGGGGACCAAAUGGCAGCGGCGACACAUCUGGGGGCUGUAGAUGCCGAGUCAAUAAUCAGCCUUGUCAUCCCAACUGCCAAAAUUGCCACUGAGGGAAGCGCAGUAAUGAAAACGCAGAAGAAAAGCAGAUUACAUCUGACUGCUAACCUAAUGACUGUUCGAGGCACAACGUUCUUUGCUGUGCGGUCACACUGUUGCAGUGUAAAUGCUACAUACAAGCUAAAGAAACAUCCAGCGAUAUCUUCUACAUCUCCAUGAUUCUAGCCGUCAGUGUGAGAUUAUCUGGAUCUUCUGAUAUAUUAAUACUUUGUCGGUGUGAUGAAUGAAUGCCUAAUAAAUAAAUAUAUGUAUAUAUAUAUAUGUGUAUAUAUAUAUAUAUAUAUAUAUAUAUAUGUAUGUAUAUA